GGGCGCAGAAGCUCCGCCCACCGGUCUUUAUGCGCAAGCUCUUCCGCUUCAUCGGCUGGUAGUGGGUGCAAGUCGCUGUCAUGGAGAACUCUGCAGCUCCUGUCCGGACUGAAGAGCUCGCUGGAAACCAAGAAGUUCAGUCGACGACAAGUCGGGGAGGAGCGCUGGUGGAGCUCACCCCGACCCCCGGCGGCCUGGCCCUGGUGAGCCCCUACCACACCCACCGGGCCGGCGACCCGUUAGACCUCGUGGCGCUCGCAGAGCAGGUGCAGAAGGCUGAUGAAUUCAUCCGAGCAAAUGCCACCAACAAGCUGACAGUCAUAGCUGAGCAAAUCCAACAUUUGCAAGAACAAGCCAGGAAGGUACUGGAAGAUGCUCACAGAGAUGCUGAUUUGCACCAUGUAGCUUGUAAUAUAGUAAAAAAACCUGGAAACAUUUAUUACCUUUAUAAGCGGGAAAGUGGUCAGCAGUAUUUUUCCAUUAUUUCACCAGAGGAAUGGGGGCCAAGUUGUCCACAUGACUUCCUUGGUGCCUACAAGCUACAACAUGACAUGUCUUGGAUUCCAUAUGAAGAUAUUGAGAAGCAAGACGCCAAAGUUGGCAUAGUGAAUAAGUUGCUAAACCAGCCCAUGGCCCUGCCUCCACACACUGAGUCCAACCUUCAGGGACUGACUCAUUGAGAGUGGAUUCUGACAGUGUUCUCAUAGCAAGGAUCUCUUGCCUCCUUGUUACACUUUUCUGCCAUGAUGAGAAGUACAUGAAAAUUGAUGGCAUGUAGAUGAACCGUGAACGUCUUGGAAGUCUGUGGAAUAUAAAUGUUGUCAUUAUCACUUUUAGUUGGUAUAAUGAAUCAAGCUCCCCCCCCCCCUUUUUUUAAAUCUUCUCUGGACUACAGAUACCCAGCAAAUCACUUAUAUUGUACUGGAGAAUUUACAUCUCUUCUCCUUUAUUGCCAGCUAUUUUCUCCUUAGAGCAUUAGAGAAAGAGGAAUUUCUUCUCACAGAGACUCGGGUGAAUCUUCCAGAGAGGGCUGUUUUUUAGUCUUUGUUACUGGAAGUGUUUAAGAUUGAGGCUAAGAGGCCUGGCCCCCAUGGUACUGAGGGAAGCUUCAGUGCUGUGGUGUCCAUCCUCAUUCUCUCUCUCCUCUCUCUCCCAUCCCCUUUCUUGCCCCCCCUUUACUUCCUUUCUCUCUCUCUCUCUCUCUCCCUCCCUCCCCUUUCCUCUUACCACCCCAUAUGAAAUGUCAACCCAUAGUGGUGAUGACCAAAAAGAAAGAAAUUUGGUUUAAGACUAUUUAUCACUUGAUAAAUAGUUAUAUCAAGUGAGAUAACUCACUUGAUAUAACACAUGCUUUCCCAUGCAUGAGCAACUGGGUUUGAGGACCUGGGUUUGAGGACCUGGGUUCAGGUUUUGUGAGCAGUAUGCAAAGGGAAGCUUCACAAGUGGCAGAUUAGUACUGUGGUCUCUCUCUGUCUCUUUUCUUCCCUUUGUCUCUUACCCUCUAUCUUAAAAAAAUUAUUUAAUAGUGGCACUAUAUUCACAUCUGUCUGGGAAUGAGAAUGUUGGGUCACAGAGGGUAAUAAACAACUUGGCUUAGUUGAACUAGA